AUGUUGCAGAUAGAUAUAGGGCAUAAUGGGGGAUACGACUCCUUAAUCAAUCGACUUCUUCAAUCGACUUCUUCCACAUGGCUUCGGGGGAUACGACUCCUUAAUCAAUCGACUUCUUCAAUCGACUUCUUCAACAUGGCUUCUUCGUCUCGAUCCUCCAACUCAUGGUCAAGAUCAAAAAUUUCCAAGUCAAAAAGCACAAUUGAUAAGGCACAUCCUUGUGAUUGUGGGUUUCCUUCUCGCAUCUGGAUAUCAACAACAAAGGCAAAUCCUGGUAAAAAAUUUAGGGUUUGUCCUAACUCUGUGAUGAAGGAUCCAAAGGAUAAAUGUGAUUUCUGGGAAUGGGUUGAUGAUGAUGAAGAAAUUAUAACCAAGAACGAGAAUAAGAAAGAUGAAGAACAUGAUUUCAAUACUGAAGUGAAGAUUGCAAUAUUGGAACAUGAUUUCAGUGAGUAUAAGAUGAAGAUUGAUAAGGAAUGUAAGAGUUUUAGAAAGGAAUUGGAUAAAAUGAAAUGUUUAGUGUUGAUGUUUGUUGUUUUGUUUGUAGUGAAGUACAUGAUUUAG